CAAAAACCAAGCUUUCUUCACCUCAUCAUCACCUCCCCUAAUUUUCCAGCAUCAUGCCAAAGAAAGCUAAGCAAAAUUUACCAUUGCACAAAGUCAUUAUGGUUGGCUCAGGUGGUGUGGGCAAAUCCGCACUGACCCUGCAGUACAUGUACGGGGAUUUCGUUGAAGAAUAUGACCCAACCAAAGCCGACUCAUAUCGGAAAAAGGUUGUGCUCGACGGUCAAGAGUGCCAGAUCGAUAUCCUUGAUACCGCUGGCCAAGAGGAAUAUGCUGCUAUCCGAGACAAUUACUAUCGCUCUGGAGAAGGAUUUUUGUGCGUCUUUUCAGUAUGCGAACACGAAUCUUUUGAACAUACUCAAGAAUUCAGAGACCAAAUUGGCCGAGUACUAGAUGAUGAAACGGUUCCCUUCAUUUUGGUGGGUAACAAGGUUGACUUGGAACAUUUGCGCCGAGUGUCUUCUAAUGAAGCAACUGCUUUGGCUGCCGAAUGGAAUUGCCCAUAUGUUGAGACAUCUGCCAAGACGAGGCAGAACGUCGAGCAAGUGUACACACAGUUGAUGCGUAAAAUACAUGUACGCAAGGAAACCCUCCAACGUAACGAGGCCAAGUCGAAGAAGGGCAAAUGUCUGAUUUUGUAACAAUAGUGUUUUGAUGUGAAAAACAAUACCUCCACACAGCUUUUAAAUAAAUUUUGGCCACUGGAAGAUUUUCCCUAAA